AUGUCAAGACCUCUCGGCAACUCUCUGUCCUUCAGUCUGCUUUACUCUCACCCUCUCUCUCUGUUCUCUUGUAAAUCCAAUCUCACACAGCCUAUCAACUUAGUCGUUCUCAUAGAACAUGUCAGAUCGAACAAGGAAUAUGUCUUUGAAUAUGGGCCCUCCUCUCUCUGUACCAGAGCAUCAUUCAUUGACCUCCAAACACUGCAGCAAUGUGGUGAAGUGAGACUACCUGCCAAUACUACUGAGGCUGAAGCUGUCGUUGAAAAUUGGAAGGUGGCGUUAGAGGAUGCUAUCGAUCGAAAAAGGCCAUUGAGCAGGGCAGAAAAGCAGAUUUUGGAUCUACAUAUAGACAUCCUGGACAAUUACAUGCCAGCAUUCGAAAUUCCACUUUCAAUUGCGAAUGACAAAUUUGACAAGUUCUCCAAUCUAUACAAACAGCUAUUGAAGUCCAUCCCUCCAUCAUCGGACUUUUCCAGGUCCGACAUCGGAAACCUCUUCUGCCACCAUCAGCCCUCCCUAGCACUGAUGCAGAUCUCACGACUCGCACCAUCCGUGUCACCAUAUUAUAGUGCGAUGAAAUGA